AUGUGCAAUUGGAAAGUAGAAAGAAGAGCAUCCUCCCUUGAACAGUUGGAGGGCUUGAAAUCAAUGUUUCCUGCAGGCCUUGCUCUCCACAUCAGACACAAUCGUGUAGUUCCGACUGCUCACAUUUCUGGCAUAACACGAAUCUCGACUCAUAUAUGCAUACUCUUGCUUGGUGCUCGCCAGUCCGCUGACCAACGUGCUGCCAUUAUAAAUCAUAUACCCAUCCGCGCUUUGGAAAUUCAUUGCUUUCCUUUCCCUUCUCCUCAAUGCCUAAAGUCACGUUAUCAAUCUCCUUACCAACCCCUUUGCCUUGGUCAAUGGACUCCUCGGCACAUUUCCUUUCUUAACACUCGUCUUCACAAUUAUUGUUUGAUUCACGGUUUGCGAACCCCCGUCAUCUCCUAUCACCAUCGCGUUACUGUACUCGAAUUCUUGUGCCGAUUUGGUCGUCAUAUUUCCAAGAGACGAGUUAACCCAUCCCCUAGACACAAUCCCUCGAGUCGCACGGGUCGUAAACGAUCCAUUGAGUCCGCUCGUAAUAUUUGGGCAAGUACGCAGAGAAAGGGGCGACACUCGGUACUCGAGCAUGCCCCCGCUCGUCUGGUGACUCCCUUCAUCCAGCCAAAGGUGCAAAUUGGCACCUAUAUACCAAACAUUCAAAGCGUUUGUCACACUGAAGCCUAA